AGUACGCCGAACACGCAACGACGAAAACCGUGCCCUCGUUACAUCUCUCUCCACGCGCACGUACGCGCGUGCGCGGGCUAUUUCUACCCCGCGCCAAGUAGUAGUAGACGUCCACAAUUCUCGGAGCUCGUCGUUGAUCGAUCGAGAAAGAAGAGCAUAGCAACCAAAAGUGAUUAGUUGCACGUAAGCUAGCUAGCUUAAUUAUCGAUUGCAAUAGCAAGUGUGCAAAUGGAGCUGGGUGUGCCGCUGCCACGGCGGCCCGUGCCGGGGAGCUACGGCGUGCCGUUCGUCUCGGCCGUGCGCGACCGGCUCGACUUCUACUACCUGCAGGGGCAGGACAGGUACUUCGAGUCGCGCGCCGAGAGGUACGGCUCCACCGUCGUCCGCAUCAACGUCCCGCCGGGCCCCUUCAUGGCGCGCGACCCCCGCGUCGUCGCGCUCCUCGACGCCAGGAGCUUCCCGGUCCUCUUCGACGUCGCCAAGGUCGAGAAGAGGGACGUGUUCACCGGCACGUACAUGCCCUCCACCUCCCUCACCGGCGGCUACCGCGUCUGCUCGUACCUCGAUCCUUCCGAGGCUAACCAUGCCAAGGUCAAGCAGCUGCUCUUCUCCCUCCUGGCCUCCCGCAAGGACGACUUCGUCCCGGUCUUCCGCUCCAACUUCGGCGCGCUCCUCGACACCGUCGAGUCGCAGCUAGCGAGCGACGGCAAGUCCAACUUCACCGGCCUCAACGACGCCACCGCUUUCGAGUUCAUCGGCGAGGCCUACUUCGGCGUGCGCCCCUCCGCGUCGAGCGCUCUAGCCACCGGCGGGCCGACCAAGGCCGCCAAGUGGCUGCUCUGGCAGCUCGCUCCCCUCACCACGCUCGGCCUACCUAUGCCCAUCGAGGAUCCGCUCCUCCACACGCUGCCGCUGCCACCCGUCCUCGUCAGCUCCGACUACAAGGCGCUGUACGCGUACUUCGCCGCCGCCGCGUCGCAGGCGCUCGACACCGCCGAGAGCCUUGGCCUGUCGCGGGAGGAGGCCUGCCACAACCUGCUGUUCGCGACGGUGUUCAACAGCUACGGCGGCUUCAAGCUGCUGCUCCCGAAGAUCCUGGCGCGCGUCGCGGCGGCCGGCGAGAAGCUGCACGAGGGGCUGGCCGCGGAGAUACGGAACGCGGUGGCCGACGCCGGCGGCAACGUGACGCUGGCCGCUCUGGAGAAUAUGGAGCUGACCAGGUCGGUUGUUUGGGAGGCGCUGCGGCUGGACCCGCCGGUCAGGUUCCAGUACGGCCGGGCCAAGGCCGACCUGCAAAUCGAGAGCCACGACGCGUCAUACGCGAUCAAGAAAGGGGAGAUGUUGUUCGGGUACCAGCCGUGCGCCACCAGGGACCCGCGCGUGUUCGGCCCCACGGCGAGGGAGUUCGUCGGCGACCGGUUCGUCGGCGAGGAGGGGAGGAAGCUACUGCAGUACGUGUACUGGUCCAACGGGCGAGAGACAGAGAACCCUAGCGCCGACAACAAGCAGUGCCCCGGCAAGAACCUGGUGGUGCUCGUCGGCAGGCUGCUGCUCGUCGAGCUGUUCCUCCGGUACGACACCUUCACCGCCGAGGACGGCACAAACGUGGUCAUCACCGGGGUCACAAAAGCUGCAACCUCCGUCACUGCUUAAGUCGGCCAUCGAUCACUCACUGGAGGCGAUGGCCUCCUACGUAUACAAUAACAAAUGCUCGUAGCUGAAUAAUCCUUGCAUGGCUAAACACUAAUAUGUAUUUAUAUUCUGUUUAUUCUUUCGAUUACACAUUUAUAUUUUUGUUGUUCGCUGUUGAUCAUUGUAGUUGGGUGGAGUAUAUAGCAAUGCUGACAGUCUGUAAUUAACACCUCUAAUAUGUACUUGUAAGAUCGAUCCUAAACUUAUUAAAUCUUAUGCA